AAAAAGAAAAAGAAAAUCACGUCUGAUGAUGAAUGAAUGGAUGGAGACGGAGGGAAGUGAGGGAGACUCAGUCGAGCGUUGCUUUAUUUUUGCUUGGCUGUGUUGCUGCCUGGACCCUCCUCCCUCUCUAUGAGACUAUGACUAUGUCUAUCUAUCUAAAACCCAAAAACAGAAAAAAAAAAAUAGACAAAGAAAAAGAAAAAGAAAAUGGCGGCAGCAUUCUAUUCUUCUUGUUGCGUUGUAAUUCCGUGUUCGUGGUCGUCAAGAAGAUUGCUGCAUUCUUCUGCUCAUCCAUUCCCACUUAAUUGCAGAAAUGGAAAGAGGGGGACGAGGAGGAGCAAGAGCAAGAGCCAUUUCUCAAAUACUCCAAGAACUCCUCCUCCAAGUCCAAGAAAACUACUUACCAAAUGCCUCCCGCAGUCGCAGAAACAAUCUCAAUUUCAACCCUCUGAGUCUGAGACCGAGACGGAAUUCGAGUUUGAGAGGCUGUUUUCCAAUCUCAACCAAGCCACCUUGAAGAGAGAAGCUGGAAGUCUACCCAGCGCCAUUUUCCUCGUCGCAGGGACUACGAUCGGUGCUGGGAUCCUUGCAAUCCCUGCAGUGACGCAAGAAUCCGGAUUUCUGGCUUCUGCAAUCACCUGCGUACUCUGUUGGAUUUACAUGGUUGUAACGGGGCUGCUAAUAGCCGAAGUAAAUAUAAACACUAUGUGCCAACUUGGUUCUGGUGGUGUAUCACUGGUAUCAAUGGCCAUGAGGACUGUAGGGAGUGUGGGAGUUCAAAUUGUGUGUUGGUCAUACAUUUUUAUACACUAUGCACUUCUUGUUGCCUAUGUAGCUCGUUCUUCAGAAAUUAUGACAAAUUUUCUCGGAAUUCCCUUAUGGGAAAGUGCAACAAUAUUUUCAUUGCUGUUGGGAGGCAUAUGCUACUUUGGAAGUCAACGCUUUGUUGGUGCGGUUAAUGGGGUUCUGGUAUUUGGAAUUAUCAUAUCUUUUGCUGCUCUAGUAGCCGUUGCGAGCGGAUACCUACAAUGGGAUGUUCUUUUGAAAGCCAACUUUCAAGCUGUUCCCAUGAGUAUACCCAUAAUUGUUCUGUCGUUUGUUUACCAGAAUGUUGUGCCUGUUCUUUGUACGAAUCUUGAAGGAGACCUGUCAAAAGUAAGGACUGCAAUUGUUUUAGGCACCAGUAUACCACUUGUUUUAUUUCUAGUCUGGAACGCCGUGAUUCUAGGAACCAUCACAACUGUUGAAAUGAGCUCAGAUAAGAUCAUGGAUCCAUUACAACAAUUGCGAUCUACGAACGAAGUUGUUGGACCUAUUGUUGAGGUGUUCUCACUUUUUGCUAUUGCAACGUCGUACAUCGGAUUUGUUUUGGGUCUCUCUGACUUCCUUUCUGACUUGCUGAAACUUCCGGCUGGUCAGAGCCGAUCUCUGCCAUACGCAAUGACGUUGGUUCCACCGAUUGUGCUGUCUUUGCUAGACCCAGAAAUAUUCUUCAAAGCCUUGGACUUUGCUGGAACUUAUGGAGUGUUGGUGCUGUUUGGAAUUCUUCCUCCUGCAAUGUCUUGGUCGGAUAGGUACUCAAGUUCAUCUCCAGCUAUGAAAUUGCCAUUGCCACAGUUAGUUCCAGGAGGAAGGCUCACUCUUUCACUUGUAGCGGGAGGAGCUGCAUAUGUCAUUUUCUCAGAACUUCUUGAGAAGUUGGGCCACCCAUAAAACAUUUGUUGGGUAGAAUUAUUAGACUUUCUACUAGAUAGCACAUCAUCAAUCGCACUAUUAUGCUUUUUGUACACUUAUCAAACACUUUUUUCAAGGAUUUUCAGCCGUCCCCUGGUGGGAAAUAAGCUAA